GGCGGGGACGCGGAAGGCGGCGGCCGCUGCUGCGGCGUGAAGCGAGAGCGAGAGCCGGCGGCGCGCGGGGCGGGGGCGCCCGACGGCGUCCGAGGGCGCGGCGGCGCGAGGCCUGAGGGAGGCGACGCGAUGCUGGAGACCCUGCGCGAACGGCUGCUGAGCGUGCAGCAGGAUUUCACCUCCGGGCUGAAGACUUUAAGCGACAAGUCGAGAGAAGCAAAAGUAAAAAGCAAACCCAGGACUGCUCCAUACUUACCAAAGUACUCGGCUGGACUGGAAUUACUUAGCAGGUAUGAGGAUACGUGGGCUGCACUUCACAGAAGAGCCAAGGAAUGCGCAGACGCUGGCGAGCUGGUGGACAGCGAGGUGGUCAUGCUGUCUGCCCACUGGGAGAAGAAGAGAAGCAGCCUGACCGAGCUGCAGGAGCAGCUGCAGCAGCUGCCAGCUCUCCUCCAGGACCUGGAGUCCCUGACGGCCAGCCUGGCUCAUUUAGAGACGAGUUUUGAAGAGGUCGAAAACCACCUGCUGCAUCUGGAGGACUUGUGUGGGCAGUGUGAGUUAGAAAGACACAAGCAGGCCCAGGCCCAACACCUGGACAUUUACAAGAAAAGUAAGAGGAAGGAGCUUGAAGCCUUCAAAGCUGAACUGGACACAGAGCACACACAGAAGGUCCUGGAGAUGGAGCACACCCAGCAACUGAAGCUGAAGGAGCGCCAGAAGUUCUUUGAGGAAGCCUUCCAGCAGGACAUGGAGCAGUACCUGUCCACGGGUUACCUGCAGAUCGCAGAGAGGCGAGAGCCCAUGGGCAGUAUGUCAUCCAUGGAAGUGAAUGUGGACGCGCUGGAGCAGAUGGACCUCAUGGACAUCUCUGACCAGGAGGCUCUCGAUGUCUUCUUGAACUCUGGCGGAGGGGACAAUAUUGUCAUGUCCCCUGGUAUGGAGAUGGAAUCCAACCCCAGUCAGAAUGAAAUGAGUCUUCAGAUUCCAAAUCCCUCAGAGUCAGCAUCCCAGCCACCUGCCUCACCCUCUGCCUGCACCGACCUGGACACUGCGGAUGCCCCCCUCAUCCAGUCUGAUGAGGAGGAGGUACAGGUGGACACGGCCUUGGUCACAUUACACACUGACAGGAAGUCCACCCCAGGUGUCAGUGAUGACAGUGACCAGUGUGACUCAACUCAGGACAUUUAAGUGACUUGUCAGCUGGUGCACAAAAGCCUCCUGCAAAGCCAGGUGGUUAGGAGUUCUUGAUUUUUACACAAUUGCUAAUGGACGUGAGAACCAUUAAGGAGCGCUCACAAUAAAGCUUAUGGAGUAAA